CCCAGCGCCGCGCAGCCCACUUGGACUUGCCAACGCGACGCGCUGACCUUUGCCCAUCGCGGUCUCUCCGGCGUCAGCACCAUGGACAGCGACUUUCUGCCUUCCCUCGAGGCGGCUGCCUUUCUGCGGCUCUGGCAGCGCUUCGACGCCGACGGUGAGUGCGCCCGGGAGAGGCUCUUUCCACUCUGGGAGUUAAAUAGGGAAGGGACGGAGCGCACCUAGAAAAGGCGGUAGGCAUGGGCGCUAGCUGGGGUGUUUCUUUGUCCGAGUUUUCUCGUUCUGCUUUGCAAGGAAGUUUUUGCUUUUCCAAGUUGCACGUUCCAAUGCGAUUUUCGACUAGCUUGUAUUCCCGUGAUCUCAGAGUGUCUUGUGUUCAUGGGUGUGCAGAGGACAUUAGGGUGGUUGGUGGGUCUGAUUGAAGCCAUUUAAUUGAGAAGCAAGGCUAAUUACAGAUCCUCGUGGAUCUCGAUCAGCUGACUUUUUUCACCUAUUAUUGAUUUUAGAAUGCUGUAUUAUUUUACUGUUGUUAGCCGCUCUGAGCCCGGCUUCGGCUGGGGAGGGCAGGAUAUAAAUAAAGUAAUAAUAAUAAUAAUAAUAAUAAUAAUAAUAAUAAUAAUUUGCUGGUUAAAAGAAACACUGUUGUGUUUCAAUACCGAUUUUAAUCCUGAAGAACUUAUUGUUCUUGUUUUACACCAUCAGUGUGCAUGGUGUUGAGCAGCAUAAGCAAAAGGACAGGUCCCUUCUCCAAUGAGCUUACACUCCCAACCAGUCUUGUAAAUUAGACCCCCAAAGUUACUACCAUGCAAAUAAUAAUAAUAAAAUACCAGCCUACUUAGGCUGGCAAAGGAGGAAUGCAGAAUCCCACUCUCCUUCCAGCUGUCUGCUUGAUUUCUAUGCUGGAGACUGAGAAAGUGGGGAGACCUCUGCACUUCUCCCCUCAUUUGCCUGCCUGCAGUUGUUUGCCAUUUAUGCUUUCCAAGUUGAUGCACGUUUGAUUUAAAUGGUUCUUCUUCAUUAAACAUCACACUAAAACAACACAUCCCAAAAUGUCUUAAUACAUUAUUGUAACCCUAGAUUGUGUACAACCUGGAACAUGAUGGACUGGGUAUAAAUAAAUUAUUAUUGUUAUUGUUGUUUUUAUUUAGACAUAUUUAUUCUGUUUUUAAAUAAACAUGUUAAUUCUCUGAUUAUGCAUUUAUACAUGCACGAAAACUUUAUUCCUCUUUUGUGUACUUCAAAGUGUAUGUGCCUGCAGUCUAAAGCUGUAGGCCUGCUCUGGCAUAUGCAGCCUGGCACCUUGUACCUAUGUUUUCCAACCUUUGUAUCAAUACAGUUCUUGGCUAUCUGAUUGAUAUCAAAGGAGGCUGAAACAAGAGAAGCUCUUGGUGGAUUUUGGACAAAGUUUCAUAUCUCUUAUUUAUUUGAAGAAGAGGAAUAUUUCAACUUAGAAAGCUGGAAUAAAGUAACUGCAUAUUUAAACAAUCUAUCAAAGCAAAAAACAAACAUUCACAUUUUCUUUGUGUGUGUCUGUCAGUUUGGCUAAAUGUUUGAGUUGUUACUAGAUUUAUGAAAUGUUUAUGUUGCAUGUUAUUUCUUCAGUUUAGAUUCCGAACAUUAAUGGUACAAUAUUCAGUAAUAUGUUUUUAAUCGGUUUUAGACAACGGUUACAUAGAAGGGAAAGAGCUUGAUAAUUUUUUCCAUCAUCUGCUGAAGACACUGGGCAGUGAAGUAAGUACUGUGUCUUAUGUUCUGCAUGCAAAUAUAACCAUGAGCAUAUGCAGAAGUUUUCUGCAAAUUGAUAUUGAACAUAGUUCCAAGAACUGGGGUUCCUUGUUGCAGGGCACUUUCAGGAAGAUGAGAAUUCUGCCACUCAGCUGUUUGGUAGGGGGAGGAGAAACAUGGAUUAUCCACAACACACAUUUAAAUCACAUGGCUUCUUCCAGCACCAAAUUUAGGGCAGUGCAGGAGGUUUCCCUGCACAGAGUUUUGAGCUGAGGGGGCGCAAAACUGAGAAGAUCUAUAAUUGAAAAGAUCCAUUUGGAGGUUCCAAAUUUUAGCCUCGCUCAGGGCACCAUAUUACUAAAGAUUACCAAAGUCUGCCCAUGGUUCUCCCAAAGAAUUGUGGGGGAACCCGCAUAGAGCUACAACGCCCUUAACAUACUACAGUUUCCAGGAUUCUUUGAGGGAAGCCAUGCACUUUAAAUGCAUGGUGUGGAUGUGACCCACCUCUCUCCUUCCUGCCCAACACCUGAUGAGACGUAUCAGACACACACAAUGUGGUAUUGUGGUUAGAGCAUUGGAUUAGUACCUGGGAGUUGAAAUAUCCACUCAGCCAUGAAGCUUGCUGGGUGACCCUGGGCCAGUCACCAACUCUCAACUUAACCUUUGUAUUGUGAAGGCAAUAUGGAGAAAGGGAGAGUCAUGCUGUAUGCCUUGAGCUCCUUGGGGAAAAGUUGAAUAUUUUGUAUAACUGCAAUAUGCAGUAAUAAAUAAAUUCUACCCAGAGAGAGAGAAAGAGAACUCCCCAUGCAUGGCACUGGCAAUGCCGUCCAUACUGUUUUAGACCAAGCCAGGAGUGUGUAACCAUAUUUCUCUCCCCAUCUACUUUGUUUUUCUUAGUAACAACAUUCUAAGGUAAAUAAUGUUGUUCUUUGUGUGAGAGUUUUGCUCAGGUUCCUUUUGCAACAGGUGUGGCAACAUUCUUAUCACUGUUUGUGUUCUGAGUCCCUCUGCAUUGGCCACCCACUCACUGGCCAUAAUUUUGGCAUGAAGCAAAUGCUAGGCUACUGACAAAAAAACACAUUUAGAUUAAUGAAGGUGAGUCAAGAGGUUUGCAUACACAUUAAUCUGGAUGAAGGGAGUUAGGGCAGCAGGUGUCUUUUGCUUAUUCAAAACAUUGCUGAUUAGUUUUGCAGAUGCAAAAUUCUGCUUUCCAAAAUCAAUUAACAUGGGUCUUUCUCCAGAGUUAAUUGACACUUGCUUAGGAAAAUGGAUCUGCUUGUAAACAGCUGUAAAAUGAACGGUAGAAUCAACAGCACAGUCAAUUAUUUGCAUGUCCUGUUCUUUGCGGUUCUGUUUCAUUUCCCCUGACAUAUUGCCCCUUUAUUUUUGAUUGCCACUAGCAAAAAGCCAUGCUCUCAACUUGUGCUUACUUUCUUCUGUCUAUUAUCUGACUAUCUGCAGUUGCCAUAAACCACCAAAAAAGGAAAUGAGUUCUGAUUACUGUGAUCUUGUUUUUGUGAUCAGAUAUCCUGCCUUCAUAAACUCUUCAUAAACACCUUAACUCUUUGGAUUCUCUUUUACUAUCCAAGGAAAAAUCAUGAGAGAGAAGUAAGUUAAAGGAAGAUGGGAAAGACCCCUGGAUGAUUAGAAAUUAUUUCUGAACUGCAACUGUGUGACCUUAGAAUGACUGAUAAUAGGUUUAGUACCUCCAAUGAGGCGAAGUGGACUCAACUUACUCAUAGCAAACACUGCAAGCUGCUUCAGACAUUAUUUCCCACUAUGUUGAGUUGCUGGUAUUCUUCUUAAAGGGGAGGAUGCAUUUCAUAAUAUAUGAACAAUAGGUGAUUCUCUACAUCUUAAUGGGUUUCUGCUGUUUCAAUAACAAAGCCCUGCUUUCUUAAACACUUCCCUACCAAACACUUGGAAGAGGGAAAGGAAAGGAAGUCAGACUGCGAGAAAGCGCAGAGUACAUCAUUUGCUUCUCAUUUCUUGGACUGGGUGGAAAGUGUGGAAGAUUCCCUUCCCCUGGCUGCUAACCAUGAGGGUUAUGCCCUGCCUUCACAGUCAGAGGCAGGAAUGCUUCUGAGUACCAGUUGCUGGAAACCAAAGGAAGAGAGAAUGCUCUGGUGGUUGGGUCCUGCUUGCAGCUUUCCAACAGGCCACUUUGAGAACAGGAUACUGGACUAGAUGGGCCAUUGGUCGGAUCCAGGUGCCUCUUCUUACAUUAUUAUGUUUGUGUUGUUCUCCUCCCCUCAAAUAUCAGGCACCAUGAAGGUUAAAGGGCAGGGUGAAUAGGGCAGGCUUGUGUUUGUGGGAAGUAAGAUCCUGCAGGGGACAAGGUAGCCCCCCAGGGUAGGAGCAGGGAACUGUUUCAGCCUAAGGACUGCCUGUCCCCCUGGGCAAGCUCGCAGAGGUCACAGGACAGUGGUGGAGCCAGGGGCAAGUGGGCAAAGCAAGAUUGUAGACUGUCAUCUUUGUACCGUCCGUUCAAAACUCAGAGGUUACCCUUACAAACACCUUCAUCCAGCCAAACAAGAGGCAUUGUCACAAUUCAAGGACACAUCCUGGCUCAGCAAUUGCUCUUGAGAAGGACACAGGGCAGGACCAGUGAGGGGCAUGGCCUGGGGAAUGUCCUGUGAGUAGGUAGGCUGGCUAAAGAAGCCAGGGGGCACAUUCAGCCCCUGAUCCUAAGGUUGCCUCUGCCUCUUCUAGGCCUCUUGAAAAGCCAAUGCUGGCAUUUGCAGGCGAGACAUGACUGGCAUCUGGGGGAUAAAGCAUCCCUCCUCCUUCUUGCUUGCUCACUGAUCUUCACCCAAGUGCCAUCCUGUGACCCUGUUCUCCAUUGUCUUGGUGCUCCUUCUGCCACACCUCUUGUGUGGACCACUUCUGCCUUUCCAUGCCCUUGAUGUUCUGCAGAGUUCUGUAGUGUAGACUCUAACAAUGUUGUAAUUCUGUAAGAGCAGCGAGUUGGAGGCUGGAAGAGCGUCUCCCAGUGGGGAUUGAUUUACAGUGACUUAUUGAGUUAUGAAUUUGUCAUACCGUGUUGGUGUGCAUCAGAAUGAGACGAUCCUGCUUACCAAGCAAGCUAACUAAGUUGUUGUCAACAAUAACCAUUUCUACUUAUAUGCUUUGAAGAUUAAAAGUGUUGGACGAAAUAAAAUGAAUAGUUAUUAUGCACUCCGAAAGUUGUCUCUGUUUGAAUAGCAAACUGUUCCAUAAUUAUUGUUUUUAACCUCUGUGCACCCUGUUGUUAUUUCUCCCUAAUGACCACUGUAGUCUCUAGCGCUAUGUUUCCCCUGCCUCUCUUUCAUCUACUCUGAAGCGUUCUCAACUAAUGCUAAAGGCAAGAAAAGGAACCCCAGCUGGGAGAACAAAAGACUGACCGAGUUCAGUGGGCAUGCAAAAUGGGAAAGGGGUGGAAUGAAUGAGGAAAUGGAGGAGUCUGUGUUUGUUUUCAUUUCUGGUUGCCCUACAGUGGUGACCAUUUUGUGUGUGUGUGCUCAAAUGGAGAUCUGUGGGGUUUGUGCAUAGCUUCAGACUUUUUAAGGGAACAGCUAUAUUGGCGACUGGAAGUCUCCUCUUUUAAAAUAUUUGUUCAGCUGGAAGUUCAGCCAACAAACUUCCAUUAUAUCUCCUUCAGGGUGGCUGAGGGUGACAGUUUGAAAUGGUGUGCUUGUGUCAAAAUAGCUGCAUUUCCCUCUAACAGACCUGGAAGUUAGGCUCAAUCUUUUCCUGGUUACUGUUUCCAUGUAUUUUAAAUGGAAAUGGCGUUGAAAUCCCUCCUCUGAGCAUAAUGGAGAAUGACCUCACAACCUUAACUCACAAUCCAGCAGGAUUGCUGGUAAAGUUACCAACUUAAUUUCAUAUUUAAUGGAGAAAUAAUUAAACAAUCUCUUAAUAAUUAAUCUCUUUGCUGAUAUCACAUUAAAAUGAGAGCCCAUAAAUAAGGACAGAGCACUGAAACCCCAAGGAGAAGUUCUUGGUUGGCUAUAUAUAUGUUCUACUUAAAAUACAGGAGCAAAUCUUACAUUUGUUACUAGCUGAUGGAAUACAUGUGGCAUUGCAGGAAGAAAGCUAAAUUUAAAAGAUCAAGAUGACUAUACAAAGGAAGGUCUAUUUGAAUAUGUACUAUUCUAUUCUCACUUUUAUUUUACUUUUUUGUUGGUUUUUAAAUUGGUCUUAAACUUCUGUUACAGUCUCACUUUGGAAAUUUUUAAACUAUAAUAACAUGCGGUAUUCUUUUAAAAAGAUACUAGGGAAACCAAGCUUGCCCUUUUUCUUUAUCUUUUUUUUAAAAAAACUCUGGUAUAUUGUUCAGUUGUAUGCAAGAUUAUUUUAAUGACGUCUUCAAAGAAUUUAAAGCAGACAAUAUCUUUUUAUAUGGGAUUAAAAUAUCUUGGAAGUGUCAUGAAGUUUAAUUAACCUGGCUCCCAUAGAAUUAACUUUUGGAGCAGAGGCAGAGCUCAGGGAUAUUUAACACUUGAAGUCUGAUAUUCUUCUGACAGGCUUUAAAGGCUACUCAUAAUGUAUUAAAGCUUGUAGAAAUAAGGCCAUCUUAUUUCUACAAGCUGUCAUCGGCUUCUUGGUACAUAAGGAGUCCUCUUAUGUACAGUGUGGAACACAGUAAUACAGUGAAAUUGUUGUUUUGGCUGCCUGGUGACAUUUAUCUGAGCAAUUAUAUCCCACCCUCCUGGUGCUAAAAAUUGUUCACAGUUUCAGGCAGAGAUCCUUAGCUGUACCUGCAAGGUGAGUUGGUUGUCUUACAUGCAGAGGCAGCAACAUAUAUCUGCAACAUCUUACUGCUCUGGGUGGAUGCAUAUGAGCAGUGAAUCCUUUUCAGGAGCAGCAGUAUUGCUUUGCCUUUAGGUGCCUCCCUUUGCAACUAUCACCUGGAGUGCUGUUCUAUGUUUUAGCCACAAUUGCUCCCAGCCAGGAGUUCGAUCUGCUCUUUGAAGAUUUCAGAGACCAGGUUGAUAUCUUCCUCUUUUUGUCUGGUCCUGAGCCUUUCAUAUAAACGUGUAAGCUCUUGUUUCUAUCUGUAUGGAUAGUGUGAGUGUCUAGUUUGGUCACAAAGUGGCACUGCACUUCAUUUAUAUCUGGGUAUGGUCAGGAGUUUCCUGCCACUAUUCUAUUCUUGUCUAAAUAAAGUUAUUGUCUUGUUGCUCACCAGAGCCUUCCAUGACACCAACUGCUCCCAAUCUUAGCUAAGCUAACUGCAAUAUAGGUCAAUGUGCCUAGCUACCAUGACUUUGUCUUUUCUUCCAAUAAUCUUUUUCCUUUCUCACAUUUAUAUUCUGCCUUUCUUCCAUCAUGGAACCCAAGAUGGCAUACAUGUGGCCUCCAAGAAGUCUCUUCCAGGCACUGAUCAGACCCACUCCUGCUUAAUGUUAGUUAGGUGGUGGCCCCAUGUGCUCUUGGACUAUUGUCAUUUUGGUAAGGAACAAGUUGCUUCUGAUAAUGUAUGUGUGUGCGUGCACAUCACUUCCAAAGAUGACUUCAAGGCAGGGUGUUAGGAAACCAGAACAAAAUGGCUCUUGCUGCAGGCUCCCCUCCUUUCAGCCUAAGGGAGACAUUCACUGCAGGUCCUGCAUGGCUGGUCUUAAAAGAGAUGGGAUAGAACACAUUGUACUCGGGGAAAUUGGUUUUAUCCUUAACCUGUUGCUUUUCAUAUCACAGAGCCCCGUAACAGAAGAAAAGGUGCAGAGGGUGAAAAAACGAUUUAUGUCAGCCUACGAUGUGACUGCAGAUGGACGCUUACAAAUACAAGAGGUACCUAGCAGCCUUUUAUUUUGCAGUGUUAGAAAAUAGAUGACAGGCAAUUGAGGAAUAAUAAUUGCACUGUUGCAAAGAGUGGGUUCACCGGUUCAUUUAGAUAAUGUAGUAUUGGAACUUUUUGUCCAAAUGUCCUUUUGACAAAAGCAUCUGUCAGGAUUUUGCUGCUAGAUUUUGUAGUUUUGCUCUGCUCUGCCCUGCUUCUGUCCUUGUGGUAUAGCAAUUUAUUCCAAAUAACAAUAACAUUAAUGAUGAUGAUGAAGAAGAAAAUAACUGCAUAGAGAACAGUUUGAGAAAUGUAACCUUUCCCCCCUCCCCCCAAAAAAACUUUAGCUUGCAAGUAUACUCUUGUCGGAGGAUGAGAACUUCCUGCUUCUUUUCCGAAGAGAAACACCUUUGGACAACAGCGUGGAAUUCAUGCGGGUGGGUGUAAUUUCCUGCUGUCUGUUUCCAUCUUUCAAAGUAUUUUGCAUUGCAUACUUUUAGUUGGUGUAUUGGCCACAUGCUGAGGCUCACAUUUGUUUAACCUUGGGGUAGCUAACAUGUAGCCCUCCAGAAUUUAUUGGACUCCAAUUCCUAGCAGCCCCAGAAGCCAGCAUAGCCAAUGACCAGCGCUGAUGAGAGUUGUAGUCCAAUGACUCGGGGAAGGCCAUAGCUUCCCUGCGCUUGGUUUGAACCCAAGUCUUUCCCAAUCAAGUACAAAGCAUGAGAUGGAGGGUCGGAUUCUGGGACCCCAAGAAAAGGCUCCAGGAAGUGUAACCUGGUACUUUGCUCCUUGUACCUGUCACUUCCUUGGCUCUGCAUUCCACCCAACCAGUGCUUUCCCCAGUUGCACUCACUUCCAAUAUUAGAAUUUAGUCCAGGAAAGAGCUCUGGAGGUGAUAGAGAGCAAGGAAGUAAGUGAGGGAGAGGUGUGGGGCAGGUUCAGAAUCCUCCCAUACACCCACAGCUUUGCUCUCAAAAGUAGACCCUUCUUCUCCUGCUUUAUCUCUAGUUUGCCCCCUCCAUCACAUAUACGUUGAGCCUCAGCAUCCUUCUCCAUUGUGAAGCACAAUGGCCUAGUUUGCAUUAUGCGGAACUUAUCAGCCAUGGAAGAAGCAGUGUGCAGCUUUUGGCCACAGAUGGUCUGUGGGGAUCUUUUGCACAGCUGUUUAUUAAAUUCAAGAAUAAUAUUAUCAGCUUUCAUUACAUAACAGAAGCUGUUAAGUGUUGUGUGCCUUUGAACUUUGGAACCUGAGAAAUGAGAUUACGAGGCUUGACGCUUAAAAGAAUAUACCUACUAGGUUAAUGAUUCAAGUCACCAACAACUCUCAUUCUUCUUCCCAGACCACUCUCUGUCUUUUCAGUCCAAUAUAAAACAUGGGAUUGACACUGCAGCUACUGAAGGAGGGCCAUUCUGGAGUCCUGGCUAAGAAUGGGUCCAUUGUGAGCACUAAGCCAAACUGUACAUUACUCAAGGAGAUCUCUGAGGAAUCUCCUGAUUCUUUUUAAAGCAAUACUUAAAAAUGAGAUGGAAACUUCAACUGGUCCAAAAUGUAGUGGCCAGAUUACUGGCUGGGAUUACAUUUAGAAUUCACACAAACCGUGUUUUGGCUGCCAGUUUGCUUCUGGGCCAUAUUCAAGGUGUCCAAGUUAGUGUUUAAAAUCCUAAAUGGCCCAGGCCCCAAAUUUGACUCACAGCCUCCUUCCCUACAGAUUUUCUCAGGUCUUUCAAUCAGCAGAGAGGGCCUUCUUGGGAGUUCCACUGCCCUCAGAAAUUCACAGUGGUAGCCUCUAAAGUGUGGAAUUCCCUCCCCACAGAAGUGUGUUGAACACUUUCAUUAGGUCACUUUCCUCAAAUGCUGAAGAUGCACCAUUUUUUACCCUGCCAUUUGACAUCUGAGAUUUAUACUCAGCGUAUUAUCUUGACUGUACUUGGUUUUAACUGUUUUAAUAUUAUAUUUUUAAUUGUUAUAACCCACACUGGAGCUUCAUAGUGAAGGGGCAGCAAAUAAAUUGGAACAACACCACAGAGGAAAUACUCAGCUUCUGUAAUUUUGUAACUGAGGCAUUGAGUUGUUUAUAUUGCCCUUUCCAAGGUGGAUACUAUCAAUUAGCUCCAGGUGGGUACCAUCAAGUGCAAUGGGAAUUUUCUUUUUUAAUCAAAAUAAAAUCUCUUCUAAUCCGGGCCUAGUGUUUCAAUCUAAAAAUACCAUCUAAUGUCAACUACCACCUUAGGAUGACUAAGAACAAGGGGAUACAAAUAGGAAUACAAAUAGCCACUUAGUCCCUUGAUUGGCUGUGUUGUUUACAUAACAAAUAAUGAAUCUGAAUAUGCAACCAUGGUAACGACAUGUCCAGGUUAAGGAUGAAAAUUAAUUUAAGUCUGAUUACACACUUCUUUUAGAUGGAACUUGUCAGUGACACAUAAGGUUUUUUCCAGGUUUCAAAAUCCUUGUUUUCUAAAUAUUUUGGAAAGAAACAAAAUGUUAGUUAAUAAUUCCACGAUGUCAAUGCUGAGAUGAGCCAUUUAAGGUUGCCAUAUGUCCUCUUUUUCCAGGACACGUCCUCUUUUUCAUGGAUAGAGUCAUCAUAGCGAUCCAUGGUUAAAAGUAGAAGUCGGCAAAUGUGUCCUCUUUUUUUGCUCUUCAAAAUAUGGCAGCCCUAGAUGUGCACGCAUGCAUGUGCACACGUCAAACAGUUUAUUUUAGAGAUGGUGGGGUAAUAGCCAAGAUCUAGAGAACAAGCUAAAUAAAUGCUCAGUCUUAGAAAAGCAAAUCAGUAACUCCACCUGCCUGCGUAUUUUUGAAUCUGACCUGCUGCUGGAUAGCUCCAAAUGAGUCUGGCAUGUUCAUCUACUGGGAGACUCAGCACAGCCUGAAGGAACAUGAGCCCAGAAGAAUCUCCUUCCCAAACUAUCUGAUUCAUGAGCAAUGGGCCUGAUGCGAUGGUGGCUACUUUCCAUCUGAUACUGUAGAGCAGCCCUUUCUUUCUGCUGUGGCUCCCCAUGACGGAAGUACAAGGGAGAGUGGGCGUACAAUUGCCACACAGUGAGCCCACUGAAGGGCUGCAACAGACUCCCAUCGUCUGAAAUCCUUCCCAUGUUGGUUGCAACCCUUGUGAAAAAUAUAAUCACUUACCCAAACUCCCGCUAUCCAAACAUUUGAUAUGUUCCAUAGCACUUCAUAAAUGAGACUGAGAUAUAGUUACGUAUUGAACAUCUAUUUGAAGAUGAUAACUGUUCACUCAUUUCCCCCCUUUAGAUCUGGCGCCAAUAUGAUGUUGAUAGCAGUGGUUUUAUUUCAGCUGCCGAACUCAGAGUAAGUUCUCUAGGGAGUCUUUAUCCAGAUGCCUUCUUUACUCAAUAUGUAUAUUUUGAUCAUGUAUAAAACAUAUUAAGUGCAUUCAAGCAACUGCCUUCGUUUUUGUGAAGUGUGUGAUGAAACAGGCCUUGAUUCCUUUAUAUUAUUCCUAGUAUGAAUCUAAAACACUAAAAACUACUUCUCUCCUUUCCUGACAAAGAACUUUCUGCAAGAUCUUUUCCAGCAGCAUGGAAAAACCAUUUCUAAAGCAAAGCUGCAAGAAUACACAGAAACCAUGGUAAGCAGAGUGCAUAUUAUCAAAUACUUAUGUUAUUAUAGAAAUUCUCAGGAAUUCUAGAUAGCCAAUAUGGUAGUUGCACAAGAUGGACCAACGUUGCAAAGGAUGGUCAGGGGAUAUCUAAGGGGUGGGGGAAAGAAGGAGAGAGAGCUGUUGCUUCAUCUGUGAUGGGGAACCUCUUGGCCAGCUAGGGGGUCCAAUUAGGCCAAUGUGGCCAUUGUCCCUGAAGCCUGUCAUCCCAGCCGUGAGCUGCUGUCACUGAUGGUUAGAAGUUAUCUCCUUUGUGCUCAGAAGUCAUCUGGUACCAACUACCAGUAUUUAUUCCCUAUUCUAUUUUAUGACGACUUGUGUUUUGCUUUUGAAUAAGUAAUUGGACUGUACCUCAGAAUAACAUCCUGCUCGGGGAAAAGGGAUUCUGUCAUCCGGAUUAUGAGAGGGGUAAAAGAAAAGCAAAAAAAUAAGCAAAGAUUAAAUCAUAGCAAAAGAACUGAGAGCAGUUAUCAUAAAACUAUUGCAGUGUGUACUGCUCCCAUAUUUCACACCAACCCACAGGCCCAAUCUGACUGAGAUUUGGUGUGGGUUUUUUCUCUCAUAUGCCUUGUUCUUGGCCUAUGUAGUUGUUUUCAGCCUGGACUUAGCAUGAUCUCCAUCACAAGCACAGACUACAAUUUCAUGGACCCCCAAAAAAACUAUUUUAAAAAAUAAACUGCAUUAUGAUCAAGAUGGAACCCAUUAUAACCUAUUUAGGCUAGACUGAAAACUUAUACUUUACAAGAAUAUUUGUGAUAUACACAAGAAGGAUUUGAACAGGCACUAAAUCUUUUAUAUCCAUGCCCAGACAACUGAUUUGUGGAUACCAUCUGUUGAGUUACUGCAUAUGUUAACAUUGUAAUCUUGCAGCAACCUGGUUGAUUUCAGUAGGCUUUGAAUCAGGUAUUUGUGAUUUCCUUUUAUUUCUUGUGUCUUUCAAUAAGUUGUUCCAGUACUUAUUUGUCCACAGGAGAGUUGGUUUCAGAUACGGCUCAUUCCCCAGAGAUGUACUGUUUUUAAGGAAGAGCCAUUGAGGCACUUCAUGCAAAUGGGAAGCAGCUGUUACACAAGCUUGACCUUAUAUUGCGAAAUUGACCUUGUCAAGUGGCCUCCUCAAGUAUACAUUGCACAAGAGGGAUGACAAGGGAAGGAAUCCUACCACAAAGGUCCCAAAGAGGUGACGAGCAAUUAUCCGUCAAUACCUGUGGAAACUCUCUCAUGAGACGAUGAAUUCUAGAGGGCACGUGUGUUUCUAAGCACAUCAUUCAGUUUAAGUGGUAUCAAAGGCUGAAGGAGAAGAGAAGACCAUGUUGUUCCAGGAGUGAUCAUCAGCUAAGGAAAAGGUUUGGUAAAUGAACAACAAGUGGCUUGCCAUUAGCAUUCAUCUGUCAUGUCCCCUUUAAGUUCUAUCUUUAAUCAUGCAACUAGGGAAGAAGGAAACCUACUGUAAAAUUAUUCUUAUUAUACUUAUUAUUAAGUGUCCUGCCCUUCAUCCAUAGAUCAUCAUAGAUUUUGCAACAUUAAAAUACAACAUAAAAAGCCUGUACUUUUAGGGAUCAUUUCUAUAGUGCUUAAAAUACAACAUAAGAACACAAAAAACAUAAAAAACAUAAACCAAUAACACCACCCCAUCCCUUUCCCACUCCCACCCCCAACACAUUUAAAAGGUUAUAGGGUGUUAUCACUCAAAACCACUCAGAAAUGUAUCCAGUUCACUUUGUGGAAACUUAGCUCUGUUGACUGUCUCUAUGUCCCUUAUUGUAUCCCAGUGUGCCCUGUAUCAGUGUAACCCUUUUUAAUUUCUAAGUUCAAAUGCUACUUCCUUACAUCUGACUUCCAGAUUUUAGAAGUGUUUUUAAUGUUCCCCAAUCUCAUUCGGAUAAAUUAGAGCGUACAGUCAUUAUUAAAUCACCAGUACGUUUUUAAAGUCUGCAGUUCACAAAGCUACAUCUUGUCAAUGCCAUAUGCAAGGCAAGCUCAUUACUGGUUUAUUCAUCAGCAAAUCACAUUACCUAGCCUGCCAAAAUUAUCACAUCCUGGCUAAGGCUAUUGUUAUUCAUUGACUAGAGUAGGAGGUCAUGAUAAUAUCAGACAAGCUGUCAGUGCUGGGCUUUCAUUUGCACCACACAAUAUGCUUCUACUGAAUAAAACAGCAUCUAGUUUGUCUACAGAAUCACAGAUAGUUUAAGGCAUAUGAAAAAUCCAUGUGCUAUGUUUCCAUGGAGGUUUUGUUUGGAUUAACUCCGUGCUUCCUAUGUCUUCCUUCCCUUGCUGUCUCCACAUCUGUCCAAAUGUUUGUUGAUUACGCUUGUUACUGGAUAUAUUGGGUUCCAGGCAUGCAAAACAGGUUCUGGAGAUGAGCCCCGAUUCAAAUUAAACCAUCCCUUUGUUUUUUGUAACCAAGCUCUCGCCACAGUUGCAUGGGAAAAUACUGUGAGCAGCAAGUUCCCAUGACACUAGCAAAAAAACGAAACUUGUGAAAAAUUAUGGAAUGUGUCGGGAAGGAGAAAGCGUCCUGCUCAUAUUAGGCUGGCUUGGAGGUGAAUCUAAACCAUAGUUUAGUGUUAUGAGAAUGAGUCUUGUUUCCCCUGGACUUGCACACUCCAGCCUCUCCCUUGUCCUUCAGCAUGACUUUUCCAGUGGGAAGUUCAGGAUAUUUUACCUCCAUUGUAUCUUAACUACAGCUUUCUGUGUCCAGGGGUAGACUUUGGUCUUUCAAAUUUCAGGGGUGGGGAAAAGGAGAGAGAGCUGUUGCUUGAUCCUGGGAUGGGGAACCUCUUGGCCAGAUAGAGGCUUUGUAAACUAUGGUUUGAAGGGAGCUUAGUUAAGGUUAACCACAGUUGACACAGCAGAGGCAGAUUUAGGGCAGUUCAACCAGUUCUGUUGCACUGGACCCUGAGCCUAGGGGGCGCUGGAGGGCACCACAACUAUGAUGCAGUGAAUUGAGCAGAACAGAUGGCAAGAGUUAGAAGGGACACCAAAUUUUGGCCUCACAACCUGGGAGGGUGAGAUAUUUACCGUAUUUUCGCCCUAUAGGACGCACUUUUUCCCCUCCAAAAAUGAAGGGGAAAUGUGUGUGCGUCCUAUGGGGCGAAUGCAGACUUUCGCUGAAGCCUGGAGAGCGAGAGAGUCGGUGCACUGACCCCUCUCGCUCUCCAGGCUUCAGGAAGCUCUGCGCAACCCUCGGGAGACCGGCUCCGAUGGCCGCGCAGAGCUGCCUGCAGUCCCGGGCUCAGCGCAGCUCUGCGCGGCCAUCGGGAGCCGGGCGCGAAGUCCCGCCCGGCUCCCGAUGGCCGCGCAGAGCUGCCUGCAGUCCCGGGCUCAGCGCAGCUCUGCGCGGCCAUCGGGAGCGGGGCACGAAGUCCCACCCGGCUCCCGAUGGCUGCACAGAGGUGCCUGCAGUCCCGGGCUCAGCGCAGCUCUGCGCGGCCAUCGGGAGCCGGGCGCGAAGUCCUGCCCGGCUCCCGAUGGCUGCGCAGAGGUGCCUGCAGUCCCGGGCUCAGCGCAGCUCUGCGCGGCCAUCAGGAGCCGGGCGCGAAGUCCUGCCCGGCUCCUGAUGGCUGCGCAGAGGUGCCUGCAGUCCCGGGCUCAGCGCACCUCUCCCCAUCGCCAGCCCCACAAGCUCGGGGGAGAGCGGGGAGGCGGAGCGCGCCUUCCCGCUGUUCCCCGACCUGGUUCUUCCAGCCCCGCACCUGGGGGGGAAAUAAAUUUUUUCCCCUUUAUUUCCCCCCCAAAAAACUAGGUGCGUCCUAUGGGGCGCAAAAUACGGUACUUAUGCAUCUUGAGGUGUGUGUAGACAAACACAUACGCAAUAACAUUUCCCCUUGUAGGUUUUUCAGAGCAUCAUCAUUCCGAGAGAGGUAGCAUUCAUAAAGGAGAAGUUAAACUCUAUCCCAGUGGUGAAUAUUUUACAGCUAAUCUAUGAGAUACACAGUGUAGUCAUAUUCCAACACCUUAAAAAAUUAAAUUCAGUUUCUCAACCCUCUUUUAUCAUGAAUUAUUCAGGCUACUUUUCUCCUUUCUGAAAGUGAUUGCCAUUUUAUAGCAACAGGGCUAUAGCUGGGAAAGGACCCGGGGGGAGGGGGGACUUUGAAGAGAAGUGAUUCAGCCUGGAGGGGAGCAAUCAAAAUAUAGUUCAGGAAAAUCUGAAUAUACCGGGGAGAACCUCUUACAGUCAUCAGCAUGAGUGCUUUGACAUUAAGAGCCUGAAAUUUCCCAGCGGAAGCAUGUGCUUAUGGAGGGAAAGCCAUCUGUCAAACAUACUCAUCACGAAACUGAGUCGGAUCAAACGCUCACUUAUCUGUCUAUCAGAAGGAAGAUGGAUGGUGCUCCACCAUGUUUUCCAAGGACAGUUCCAUAAAAAUUGGGAAAGACAGAAGGAAGUUGGUAUCGUUCUCGCGUAUACAUCCAACAGGCACACAAUGCACUCUUUCAAAACUGUUUUGCGAUCUGGGCAAAUGUCCCAUGAUAAAAUCUGAGAAGGAGAGAGGAUUGCUUGUCCAGUCCUUGGCAAAUCUGACAUUAUGCCCAUCAAGGCUAUGUGACUCCACAAUGUGGGCAACAUCACAAUGAAUAGUAAAAUGCCCCUGUAUAUUGACUCAUUGUGUAUGCCAGGUUUCCUAUAUUAAUGACAGUUUCAUAAAGGCUUUCUUAUCUUGCUUUUUAGAUGAAGCUCUUUGACAAAAAUAAAGAUGGACGACUGGAUCUCAAUGACCUAGCAAGGUAGCUUCUAAUGAUUCUUCAGCUUAUUCAGAAAGGGAGUGUUGAAUCUGUGGUAGCUUCAACAGGCAAAACUUUCCUCAUUGCUGUGUCUUCCCUCUACCCUAAAUGCUAAAUCUGUUGAAUUCCUGCCUGUCACAAGGAACCAGCACUUCUAGAAUUUGUCUAGAGAGAAAAAACGACAACCCUACUCAUAAUGUUACAGGCUUUUGUUUCUCAGACUGUUCAUCUUUCCUCUUUGUGAGAUCUAUCAGGCAGAAAUGCCUAUCUCUGUAUAACUGGUAUCUGAGAAAAUGACCAUGUGUCUCUUUCCAUUUAGAAUUCUGGCUCUUCAGGAAAAUUUUCUCCUUCAAUUUAAACUGGAUGUAAGUACAGUAAUUUUAGUGCAUUUAGUUACCUUUCCCCCUUUUCCCUUAAAAAAAAAACCCCCAAACAUUUUAAAAUAUUUUUUCUCCUCCAUUCAGGCUUGUAGUACAGAAGAAAGGAAGAGAGAUUUUGAGAAAAUCUUUGCACACUAUGAUGUUGUAAGAUGAUUUUUGGUUUCUUUCAUGGGUUUGGGAUUAUUGCAAGCCCUGCAAGUGUCCCUAUUUUCCAGGGACAGCCCCAAGUUUACAGAAGCCACCCCAGUUUCUGAUUUGGUUCCGGAAUGUCCCACUUUUCUUUAGGGUGUCCCUGUUUCCAUCGGAGAAAUGUUGGGAGGGUAUGGUGGGACACCCCUAUUUUCAUUAAAGAAAUGUUGAAGUGAUGGAGUUUUGCAAAAAACCAACAACACCAACAAAACAACCCAAGGAGAUAAGUGACUAUACAACCUUUAGAAGAUAUCUGAAGACAGACCUGGUUUUUUUUUAAUGUUUAAUGUUUUAUGAUGUGUUUAUAUAUAUUGGAAGUCGCCUAGAGUGGCUGGGGCAAUGCUAUAGGUUGGGUGGGGUAGAAUAAUAAUAAUAAUAAUAAUAAUAAUAAUAAUAAUAAAUAGAAUAGGAAGUCCCUAUGUUCAUCUGAGAACUGUUGGAGGGUAUGUUAUUGUUGAUCAAGUGGCACAUCAGACUUUACAGACUUUGCAUUAGAAUAGCAUGCAAGGAAAUCAAGUGGAUUCAUUUAUCUCAUUAAAAUAUAUAUACAGCUUGAUUGUUAUUUUUUAAGAAAACCUUCAAAGCAAUUUACAAUGAGAAUAAACAACAAAUCUAUUAGUAAAAACCAUUAAACAACUCUAUAGCCAUCGUACUGGGCUCGCAGGGGCCAGGACACAUGCCUGAUCGUGGCGCCCUGUGAACCCAGCAUAAUUUUUGCAAGAUUUGCAAAAACAACACAGGGCUCUUGGGGCACCGCAAGCAGGCGUGCACCCUGCUUUUCAGCAGUGGGGAGGGGCUGCUGCAGUGGCGUGCUCCACCCACGGCCCCAACCCCAUGGUGUGCCCUGGUGCAUGCCCGGGGCACAGGUGGGGAACGAUCUGCCGCCGGCAGAUUAUUUGUGAGAUGCACAAGUAGACCCGUUAUAGCAGAAGUCGGAACAACUAGGUUUACAGCUGUCUUGUUCUCUUCUGAAUCAGAAUGUCUGAAUCAGCUCUGAUGACCACCUUCCUUGUAGCGCCGUUGCCAUGACAAAACCUUAUCAAAACAACAAGGAGCACACAGUGGAUUUUCCAUAUGAUUUGGAAUGUCCAUAGGCAUAUAGCUUGGGAGGUUGGAGAUAAUAUUGCCAGAAAGAGAACAGGCACCCAAGUAUUCAUGGAUGGAUGUGUUUCUAGUCUGCAAAACUGUAUGAUUUUUACAUGUAUAUAUUCCAGAGUAAGACAGGAGCACUUGAAGGCCCAGAAGUGGACGGAUUUGUAAAAGAUAUGAUGGAACUUGUCAAGGUAACUACUUAGCGGUUUCCAUGUUUUGUUUCCCAUAGGUUUUGUGACAAAUGUGGCUUGGUUUCAGUAGCUUAAAAGCAUAAGGCACCAAAACAAAUAACUGACUCCAGGUCUUUUGUGGAACAAUAAAGAAUGAGGAACGUCACUUUGUUAACUUGGGGGCCUGGGUAACCUAAUGAAGUGAUAAAUUAUGAUGUGGACUUAGCUUUCCUUGUGACAGAUUUAUGAAUGUAAUAGACCCAAUACAGCAGCUCUGAGGUGCACAUGGUUUUCCAGGUACAAAAAGCUUCCUAAUAUUUCAUUGAACCAGGAAGUGUUCCAAACACACACACACACACACACACACACACACACACACACAAACGCUUUGUGUCAUGUGGAGCAUUUUCCAUUAUAGAAGAGGAUGGAAAGCAUUGACCCAUCUAGAACUCUGUGUCCCAUAGGGCUUUGGCUAUGUUCUCUUGCUGUACAUACCUUGCACCAUCAUCACCUCUACCCCUUCUUCCAAAUCCUCCAAACUGGGCACACAAGUGAAGGACUAAUAGUAAAAACUUGGCCAGAUUCAUGUUUAUACAUUUAGAGAAGACACACACAGCAUCAUUCUAUUUAGAUAGCAGACAGUGGAGUGCAGUGUCAGUAUUUACCUGACUCCCUGUCAACUGAGCCGCUGCUGUUUACUGGAACAGUGAGGGGCAAGGCAGUGAGAAGGUCUGCGUGGUGCAAAUGCGCUGGCAGAGCCAGUCCGGUGCUGCUGUGUUUGCACUGUGCCAAUCUCACUGCCACCUCUCUCCUCCACCUCAUGUUAAGCAGAAGUGAUUCAGCUGUCAGGAGAUCAGCUAAGUGCUGCCACGACACCAUCUGCUGCAGAUCACAAAUCCAUUAUUUCUCCUUUUCGUUUUUCUUUCUUUCCUUCUUUCAAGCUGUUCUGAGGCUUCCUAUUCGCUGGCUCUUCUCCUCCUUUGUCUUCUUUGUUGUUCUUUGCUGUGGAAUUCUCGUCCGUGCUUGAUGUUAGAAAAAUAACUCCUGAGAAUGGAUAUUUUGUCCUCUGAAAGUAAUUCUCUCUCUCUUUCCCCUCCUUCCCAUUGUAGCCCAGCAUCAGUGGCACUGACCUGGAUAAGUUCCGCCAGAUCCUGCUUCGCCAUUGUGAUGUGAACAAGGAUGGGAAAAUUCAAAAAUCCGAACUCGCCUUGUGUCUGGGAAUCAAAAUUGCCCCAUAGACCUGAAUGUGCUUCUCCUGUGGCUUGCCAAAUAUUGUCUUUUGUGAGAGCCUGCUGGUCCUGGUAGAACAUUUCCAGUGCUGUGUUAAUAACCUCUGUUAUGCUGAGCCUAGAAGAUAGAGGCAACUCACAGUGCAGAUGAGAAUCUUCAUUUGCAAGUCUUCAGCCCAGCAGAAUACAUGUAAUGAACAGUAACAACACACAUGCUGUUCCAAAGGAGAUCUCGUCUGUGGGGUUUCUUACACAUUUUUAAAACAUGUUUCAUAUCUACAAACUACCCAGUCUGUCAGAAAGCUACAUAGCCAUUGUACCAGGACUGCUGCUAUAUAGCAUCACACUUUGUUGUACUCUGCUCCCUGGGCUAUAUCCUUAAAACUAUUGGUUCCUUCUUGGUAGUCCAUGUCUGCGACAACUGUGUAGUGUGUGAUACUCACAGUAUCUUUCCCCCCCUUUUUUUAAGGCACAAAAGCUUGAUGGUGUUGGAGGCAGUGUAUUUGUAAAAGAAUAAAAGCAACCGUUUAGAAAUCAGA